GCGAGAAUGAAAUCAUUUUCGGCCCUCCCUGGUAUUGUGAGAAAAUUCGUGGGUUUCAAUAAUUUAUUUGUGUCACAUUGUUUCAAGAUAUGUAGAAUAUCGCGUAAACCUUGUUCAAACACGCGAGUAAUUUGGGGCGUGAUUCAGCAAAGAUACUGCUAUCAACAGUCGCAGGGACUGCUUUCAGUAGAUUCACAAAAGGCAACACAAGUUUUACUUCAGAAACAGAUGAAGCUGAUAUAUCCAAUUGCAAGAAGAGAUGAAGAUGUGGUGGAUAAUUACCAUGGGCACAAAAUACUUGACCCAUACCGCUGGUUAGAAGACCCUGAUUCUCCAAACACUUCAAAAUUUGUUGAUGAGCAGAAUGCAUUGACAAGACCCAUUCUUGAGAACUGUUCUUCUCGUUCUGAUAUUCUUGCUCGAUUAACAGAACUGUGGAAUUUUCCAAAGUAUUCUUGUCCAUAUCGACAUGGUGAUAAAUAUUUCUUCUACAUGAAUACAGGACUUCAAAAUCAGAGUGUGUUAUAUAUCCAAGACUCACUAGAUUCUAAACCCAGAGUUUUCCUUGAUCCGAAUCUGCUGUCAGAUGAUGGAACUGUAGCAUUGUCAAGAACACGUUUUUCUGAAGAUGGGAAGAUUUUAGCGUAUGGACUCAGCAGUAGUGGUUCAGAUUGGGUAACAAUUCACUUCAAGUUGGUGGACACAGGUGAAGAUUAUCCUGAAGUUUUAGAAAAGGUGAAGUUUUCAUCGAUGACUUGGACUCACGAUAAUGAAGGAUUGUUUUAUGGAAGAUACCCUGACCAGGUCGGCAAGGCUGAUGGCUCAGAAACUGUCGGCAUGCAACACCAGAAACUUUAUUAUCACCGUGUUGGUACACCACAAUCAGAAGAUAUAUUGGUUGUUGAAUUUCCUGAAGAGCCAUUAUGGAGAAUAGAUGCUGAAGUGAGCGACUGCGGUCAGUGGUUAAUUGUGAUGCCACAGAAGGACUGUCGUGAUAAUCUGCUCUUCUUCUGUGACCUGAAGAGCCUGCCUGAUAAUAAAAUCUCGGGGAAACUGAAUCUUACACAAGUAGUUUACAAAUUGGAAGCUGACUAUGAGUAUGUGACAAAUGAAGGCCCUAUAUGUAUUUUCCGCACCAAUAAAAAUGCUCCCAACUAUCAUCUGAUCAAGAUUGAUUUCACUAAUCCUAGCCAAGAAAACUGGACUACAUUGGUCCCUGAACAUGAGAAGGAUGUGUUGGAUUGGGCUAGUGCAGUGAAGAAUGACAAAUUGGUUGUGUGCUACAUUCACGAUGUGAAGAGUGUCUUACAGCUACAUGAGCUCAAUACUGGCGCUCUGCUCAAGACGUUCCCACUGUCUGUCGGCACAGUUACCGGCUACUCGGGCAAGAAGAAACACACAGAGAUAUUCUAUCAGUUUACGUCAUUCCUCAGUCCUGGCAUUAUAUAUCGCUGUGAUCUCACAAAGAGUGUGUUAGAACCAGAGGUGUUUAGAGAAAUCAGAGUUCAUGAUUUUGAUGCAUCUCAGUACGAAACUAAACAAGUUUUCUAUGAGAGUAAGGAUGGCACCAAAAUUCCAAUGUUUUUGGUCUACAAAACCGGUCUUGUGAGGGAUGGUAAACAACCAUGCCUCUUGCAUGGUUAUGGGGGUUUCAAUGUCAGCAUUUUACCCACCUUUAGUGUCACCCAUCUUGUCUUCAUUCAGCAUUUUGGAGGAAUUCUUGCUGUACCAAACAUUCGAGGAGGCGGAGAGUACGGAGAGAGAUGGCAUAAUGCAGGCAGACUGCUGAACAAGCAGAAUGGUUUUGAUGACUUCCAGUCCGCAGCAGAAUACUUGCUGAAGGAAGGCUAUACAUGUCGUGAGAAGCUGACCAUCCGGGGUGGCUCAAAUGGUGGGUUGUUGGUUGCAGCAUGCAUCAACCAAAGACCUGAUCUCUUUGGAGCAGCUAUUGUUCAAGUUGGUGUUUUAGACAUGUUGAGGUUUCACAAAUUUACGAUAGGCUAUUCCUGGGUUUCGGACUAUGGCAGCUCCGACGAGAAGGAACAUUAUGAAAAUCUAAUCAAAUAUUCACCACUGCACAAUGUGAAAGUGCCUCAUGGUGAUAUUAUUCAGUAUCCUGCCACUUUGCUGCUGACAGCUGAUCAUGAUGAUCGUGUGGUUCCUCUGCAUUCUCUCAAGUUCAUUGCUACCCUGCAUCAUGUGUUGAGAAAUUGUUCUGAUCAGACAAAUCCUCUUCUGAUUCGUAUUGAAACUAAAGCGGGCCAUGGACUUGGUAAGCCCACAGCAAAAUUGAUUGAAGAAAACACAGACAUCUUGUGCUUCCUAGUGGAAUCGUUGGGUCUUGAAUUUCAGAAAUGAUUUUCAAUUUUGUGUGAUGAAAGGGUAUGAAAAUGUAUUUGGUGUUAGAAAAGAAGUUUUUGACCUUUAUCAUCCAUGCAUCACGCCUUCAUGUGAUCCAGCUGGCUGUGCUGGCAUAUUGCUUGGAGGUAAAGUCCAGUUGGCAGCCCCAUAAUGUGGGGAUUUAAGUCCCAUAUGAUAAAUUGUAUUAUUCACAUUUGUUUCUCACUGGUUUUGGUACACACAGUUUAUGUGUGUUGUUGCUGGAAGACGCGAGGUCCUUACAAAUUUUGGUAUGGUCUUCAUUAUUUUAAUUAUUCUUUCCUGAAAUUACAGUGUGUUUGGAAUGAAGAUGUUUCCAAGUUUGGUGCUGUAAUUAAUUGGCUAUUUUUACAUACUUUGUCUAAAAAAUUUGAGUGCUUUGAUUAGGAGAGGAUGCCUCAUACUGACAUCUUCCGACGCUAUAUAGUCUGAGCUGCAGACAGUGUUAUUAAAUAAACUGAAGCAAUUUUGUAAAUGUUCUAUUUUUUAUGGUUUAAUUUUCAUUUUUCCAAAAGUUUCCCAAUCCUGUUUGUAUCUUUUACCUUCUUUUUCUUCAGGAAAAAUUUAGAGUUAUGAGAUGACCAUGGUGUCUGUGUGUUUUGCUCCUUUUAACUUUUGACCAGUUGACCAAUUUUAACAAAAUUUUGUGCAUGAUUUAUGCUAUUAGAAGCUACCCCAAACUUGUCCUGCUAAAUUUUAUACAAUCUGUAAUAACAUAACACUAGCUAUGAAACAUGUAGUUGGAUAAUGUAAGAAGUGCUUAUUUUAAUGAGUAUUUUUGCAAAUAUAAUGUAUGCAGACAUCAGGACUUGAAUUGAAAGUAUAGCUUUUACCUCUGUAAUGCUACAGAUCUGGUCACUCGACUCGGUAAAUCCAUUAACAUUAAUUUGUGGUUUUCUUGAAAUUGGCAGACUUGCUGGUUUUUUUACUUGGUAGACUUCUGGCAUAAAUAACUGUAGUUACUAUAAGGCAAAGAUAAGCCAUAUACAGAUAAAUAAAAGGAUUUUACAAAUUAUUAGAAUUAUGACAGUCUGCACCCUUACAUUGGUAUGGGAUUUUGAAAAUUGCGAAGCACAUGUCUUUUUAUUUUAUUGGGAAGAAAGCAGGACCAUAAUCCAGCAAAAAAAAUUGUGAAUUCUUUUAGUGUCUAUAUGUAGUGAAAUUUGCAGCAUUCACUGGUGAUGGUCCAACAUUGCUGACUAUAAUACAAACUACAGCUGUUCAGAAUAAAUGUUAGUGGUAACACAAACUAAUCUUUAUUAUCCAUGCAUCAUGGCAUGCACAUUCCAGCUAGCCACAUGUGACACUGGCGUACCACUAAAUUGUUUACCCCGGAGUUAAAGUCUCCCACGUGAUAAAGGUUAAAAAAUGACUUAUAGCCAUCAGAAAAUUGCAUGUAUAAAAACCAUGGAAGGACUUCACCCCCUUACAACACUUCUUUAAGUUACCAGCACAACAUUGCUGUGCUGCGAGUUCUGAACUGUCUUCACUUGCCUGGGCUCAGCUGUACAAUUUGCUGUGACCUUGAAACUUGCAAUUUGGUGACGGCUGCCCAAGAAACUAUAUGAAAGGACAAAAAAAAAGUUUCUUGAACACAACUGAUAAACUAGAUGUCAAAUCCUGCAUUAAAGCCUAAAGCAACAGAUUGUAUUUAGUCAAAACAAAUGUAAUGAUUUUAUGAUAAUACCUUGCUGUUUAAUGGAUUAACAAGGUGAGGAUUCAAAUGUGAUGUCAUCCAUAUAAAAUUAAAAUUUGCCUUCAUCAGGUAUUUUGUAUUAAUAUUGCAUUAAAGUUUGCUGAUAAAUUCA